UUCCCCGACCCUCCCCUCCUUCCCAUCCCAUUGCAUUGCAGGCAGCUCCAAUGCAGCAUCCGCAUCCUUCUCUCUCUGCCCAACUUUCCCUCUCUCUGUCUUUCUCUCUUUGGCAGCAGCUUCUUCAUCCCUCGCUUUGCUGACUUUGCUGACGAAGGAUUCCCAGUCCAAGAAAGCAAAGCGAGCAGUGAGGAAAUCUGCAAGCCGGCUUCUCUUUCUUCCCUGCCUCCAACUUCGGCCCGCUUUCUGCAAUCUGGCUCUUUUGGAUCUUUCAAGAUGGUUCCUGCCAAUGUUUCCCUCCAUUUAUAUAUUCUUGUCAUCUUCAUUCUGAGCUGCUUACCGGCAUUGUCCCAAAAAGGACGGAAGAAAGUUGUGCACGUUUCCGAGGAUGACAGCGGUGCCGUCAUUGUCCAAACGGCACCAGGCAAAGUGGUCACCCAUCGGGGAGGCACCAUCAUCCUCCCGUGCCGCUUCCACUAUGAUGCCUCAGCCCAUGACCCAGAUGAGAUCCGCUUGAAGUGGACCAAGAUCUCAGAUCCACUCUCCUUUGAGGACGUCUUUGUGGCCCUGGGACAGGAGCGCCGGGCAUUUGGGGGCUACCGUGGCCGGACAGCGCUGCAAGGGGACGGGCCCGGAGAUGCCUCGCUGGUCAUUCAGAAUGUCACCCUUCAAGACUACGGCCGCUACGAGUGCGAGGUGACCAACGAGUUGGAGGACGAUGUGGGGAUGGUCAAGCUGGACUUGCAAGGGGUGAUCUUCCCUUACCACCCUCGCUUGGGGCGCUACUCCCUCAAUUUCCAUGAUGCUCAGAAAGCUUGUUUGGAGCAAGAUGGGAUUCUGGCCUCUUACGACCAAUUGCAUGAAGCCUGGUUGGAAGGCAUGGAUUGGUGCAACGCCGGGUGGCUGGAGGAUGGCUCUGUGCAAUACCCCAUCGCCAAGCCACGGGAUGAGUGCGGGCGCAAAGACACCCCAGUUGGAGUGAGAAAUUAUGGCUACCGGCACAAAGAGGAUGACCGCUAUGAUGCCUUUUGCUUCACUUCCAACCUGAAUGGGAAAGUCUUCUUUCUCAAGACCUACCGCAAGUUGAGCUUCCCAGAGGCGGUCCUGGCCUGCCAAAAGAGCAAGGCGGUGGUGGCCAAAGUGGGCCAGCUGUAUGCCGCCUGGAAGACCCAGCUGCUGGACAAGUGCGAGGCCGGCUGGGUGGGCGAUGGCAGCGUCCGGUACCCCAUUGUCAACCCCCGUCCCAGGUGCGGGGGCCGCGAGCCAGGUGUCCGCACCUUGGGCUUCCCAGAUAAGAAAUACAAACUCUUCGGCACCUAUUGCUACAAGGAAAGUGAUGAGAAGAAGGACCUGGUUGGGAAGGGGAAGCAAUUCCAAGUGUAAGCAAAAUGGCAGAAGUAGCCUCCUCAAUAUUCUCUUUUCCGGUCUCAACGGAGACUGGUUAUGGUGAAACCGAGCAUCAGGAAGAAUCCGGUUGGGCCACCCAAAGCUGAGAGAGACGAACCACUUGGAUCCAGAAUCUGGAUUGCAUUGUACGAUUGGCGGCUACUCUCCUCCUUUCGUUGCUUGCCUCGUUCUUUUUCUUCUUCGCAAAGGUCUUGGCUUGGCUUUCUGCUUUACACUGAUGCAGCAAAGGUGAUGGUACCGAUCCGGCAUCUGAGACGCUCCAAAUCAGCCCAAAAAGGGACCAAGGGCUUGUUUUUUGCAUGCCUCUUGCAAAUCAUCCUCGACAAAAAGCACAACUGAUUCCGGGGAGACCCUCUUCUCCUUGUAUUGCUCUUAAAUUUUUGUACAGAUUGUGACAUCUUCUCCAAGUUCCUUGUUUCAUCUUUCGGCUCGCGGCGAUCGCAGUAUCUGGAUGGCGCUAUGUCUCCCAUUAUUAAUAAUAAAAAAAUAAACCUC